GUAAGUGUUGAAAAUGGUUUUAUGUUCAAAUUUCUGUGUUAUUUGUCAAAUUUUGAAAAAUAUUUCAUGGAAUUCUGUUCAGCAUUGUAUACAAACUUAUUUUUAUUUUUCCGAAAUGCCUAAGAAAAAGGCUAAACAAGAAAAUCCAGUGGAAGAAAAACCCUCUAGUGAUGCUACAACUUCAUUGUCGAAGGGUAAAGUGAGAAGUGUCACUAUGGUAACAAGUAAUACAAAAAAAUCGAACGAAUCAUUGAGGGGAAGAGCAUUACAGAAUUGAUAAUAUGUGUUCAUAUAGGUAAAACCAGGAGCAAGAGUGGUACAUUCGAACCUAGGCUUUCAGAAAUUCCAACAAAAGGCAGUCUCCUCUUAGAUUGGGUGAGAAGACGCAUGAGCUACCUAUCAGAUGAUGAUCAGGAGAGCAGUGAAGAAGAAGAAAUUCAAGAGACCACCAAAGACAAAAAAAAGAAGCCUCAUCAGCCAGUUAGCGAAGAUAAGGAAGAAAAAAAAGCCAAACCAACUGCCCAAGCUCCCAAAAAAGGAAAGAAGGGCAAGUUUGAUUUUGAGGAGAAGAUAAUCAAACUGCCUAGGCCAUCUGGAUUGGAAGAUGUAGUGACGUUGCUUAUAAAGGCAAGAAAAGAGGCUCAAAGAUUGGCCGAAGAACAAGCAAGACUAGAAGCUGAAGGUUCUGCGGAGGUCAUCGAAGAGAUUUUGCAGAAGGAGGAAGAUUUGAAAAAAGAAAAAUCGAAGGGUAAAAUUAUACCAGCGGAACCGGUGAAGGUGCCAAAAGAAAAAGCUGCUGAGAUGCAAAGAAAAAAGGACGAAGAAGAGAAAGAAGCACUGCAAAAAAAGCAGAUGAAAAUCCAAAAGGAACAGAAGAAUAGAAUUGAUGGAUUGAAGUCAACUCUGGACAUCAUUAGGUCGAUCAAAGACCACAGCAGGAAAAUGCGGCAAAGGGAUAAGAAUGAUAAGUAUUGGCAACUCUAUGUUAACUGCGGUACUCUGCCUAUAGUUAAUCAUAUUUGUGAUAUGACAAUGUAUCUUCAAUCUUGGAGAGAUGUAAUGGAAGAUACCACUCUUGAAGAAGCAUCCUUGAGAACGAGGGAUGUCUUGAAGUUAUUGAACGUAUUGGAUGAUUUUAUCCACAACAACCCUCCAAAAUCCCUGAGCCGAUUGGAAAAUUAUAAAUGGCUAAGAGAUUCAUUUAGAGUCCAACUCAGGGAGAUGAUGGAGAAGAUGACCUUUAGGCUAUUGAAAGAUGUAGAUAAGAACAUGAAUCAUAUAGAUUUAUAUAUUGGAGAUUUUAAUUACAAGGACGACAAUUUCACCUUGUGUCUCUGGUUAAAAUUUAAGAUGCCGACACCUUUGCCCAAUCCUAGAAAGGGAGCUCCGCCCCCAAUUUCUCUGAAAAUAGAAUAUUUGAAAAUGAGCUUGGAUUUUCCACCCUCCAUUACUGGUGAAGGUAUGGUAAUCAGAAUAAUGUACCUUGCUUACGAUCACUUGAGCGAUACAUGUAAAGGUUCCUCUAUACCUGCCAAACCAGAUUAUUACAAUUAUGAUCUCGAAACGGUUAUGGAAAAGGAAUGGCGUGUUAUGAAAAAGUACAUGGUCGUAGGAAGGUACAGGGCUCAGUAUGAACAGGAACUCCAGAGGCACGAGACCAACAUGACGGACAAGGCGAACUACAGGCCUUUCUCCAUGGCACCUCCUCCUCCUGAUCUGCCACCCCUUUCGAAAUUUCAACCUCCCGAAAUAGACGAGAAUGGAGAGAUUCCGGAAGUACCUUUUACCAAAUUGGAUCCGACUCCAGAAGAGUACGCAGAAGUUCAGGAAGAGUGUGAAUACAAGGUUAUGAGGCAGCACCUUCCAUAUACGCCAGAAGAACAUGAAAUCAAUUUAAGAAAAUAUAUUAUACUUGGCGGUCUCUAUAUAGUGAACCUCUUCGAACAGCCACCGCAGCCUCAGCAUCUAGUCACCAUUGUUCUGAGUGUCGCUAGGUUUAUUCUGCCGAAAGUUCUGAUAGAAGUACCUUUUUACGAGGAAUUCAAGACGCUACCCACGACUGGUGAACAAAAGACGCCUGAGGAGUUAGAGUCGGCGCUAAAUCUGCAAGAAGAGGGUUUUGCCAGGCUUAUCUCCAUUACAAUAACCCUUCCAACACACGUGAUGUACUUGGAACCACCUUUGGUUUGUAUGUGGGAAGAGAAGCAAAAGAGGUGGAGCACAAAGGAUAUCCAAGAUGUUAAACAUAAUGAAGAGAAGGGUACUGUUAGUUUCAGAGUGGGUAGGUUUGGCAUCCUUGGCAUGGCAACUUUUAGAUACGGAAAUCUUCCUUUCCAGACGUGGGAUCUCAGACCGGAUGAGGACAACAAUAUCAUCUUUCAACUGACAGCCGCUGUCCUAAUGUUCGAGUUCAAGAUAAAGGAUUUCAUGGUAACCGUGGUUCAAUUCCAAAAUGGUCCCAAUAAUGCUAUGCAAGACAUCGUUUCAAAGACAUUUUCUAUAGACAAAUUGGCAAAGAUACUCAGAGAAGGAGGUGUAGACAUAUUUCCAGACUACGAUGCCUUUUGCUAUGUUGAAGGAAGCUGUGAGAAGCAUUGGGCCAACGAAUAUAUGUGCUAUUACAACAUGGCCCAAUUAUCUAUUUGCUACAAUUUCGCUUGGUCCAGAUGGAACGCAACCGAAGGCUACAGAUCUAUCGUUAUGCAAAUGAGAAUCUACAAUCCAGAGCUUCACACUCAGAAGCCUCACAGCCUGGUACUGGUUACUCCUAACAGAGCAUCUUUCAUUAAUUGUGCCGAGGUGACUCCGAUCUUUUGUAGAGAUCCAGUAGAAGGUAGUAAGUUUUGCUGUAACCUUUGGUAUCUGAUGAAAGCUACAAGUACCAUUUAUGUGAGGAAUAAAAUAACAACUAUAUCUCAAGAAACUGUUGAUACUGUCGCAAAUUUGCUGAUCAAGACAAGGAUUCUAAGCUUCAGUUAGACCAACUCUUUAUAAAUAAAUCUCUCAAUGAA